CAUGUCAGCCAAAAAGAUGGCAGCGAUUCACUGGCUUGACCUUCUUGAAAAGGAGUUCGACAAGGCAUUUGUCGACUUGGAUAUUCUUCUUGGAGAGGUUGAUCCGGACCAAUGUGAAAUCACCUACGAAGGGAGGAGGAAAAUGACUGCACUUAGCGCGUCUUUCGCUCAACUUUGUCACAAGGCGCAAACCAUUUUCCAGAACAACGCAAAACUUGAGGCACAGGUUAUGAAUCUCCGAGCAGACGUCUGUGAGGUGAGAGCGACCAAAUCCAUCCUGGAAAAGGAACUGCACACCCAGUUGCUUCAACUCCACGCAGUGCAGCUGCAAUUGCAUGCCAAAACUGGUCAGAGUGUGGACUCGGACGCUAUCAAGAAAAGACUGGAGCAAGAGAUGGAGUCCUUCAAGUCAGAUGCAAUCAAGGAGGCACGUAUGGAAGCAGAACUCAAAGAAUUCCAGAAAGAGAACGCAGAGCAGAGGCAACACAUCAUGGCAUUACAAGGAGAAGUCUACGGAGCGAGGCUAGCUGCAAAGUACUUGGAUAAGGAAUUGGCAGGCAGAAUUCAACAGAUCCAGCUCCUAGGGAGAGACCUUCGAGGGCCAGAACACGACAAACUCUGGAAUCAACUCGAGGCAGAAAUUCAUCUUCACAGACACAAAACAGUCAUCAGAGCUUGCCGUGGUCGACAAGGCUACAGAAACAGGUUACCCCAACCACCAGGACAUGAUGAUGCAAUCAGCCAUCGGGGCGUCGGUGAAACCCGGUCAGUAUUAGUCGUCAAGGAGGAAGAUGAGGGUCUUGGAAUGUCAAUCACGGGUGGUAAGGAGCAUGGUGUACCCAUCCUCAUCUCUGAGAUUCACGAGGGUCUGCCAGCUGAUCGUAGUCAAGGUCUGUUUGUUGGUGAUGCUAUCCUCUCAGUCAAUGGAAUAAGCCUUCGAGAUGCUAAACACACUGAGGCAGUAGAUAUACUCUCACAACAGAAUGGUGAGAUAACGAUGAAGGUUCAGUUUGUUGCCCCAGACUCAGAUAGUGAUGACGAUAAUGAUGAGAUCAUUGAUGAGAAUGGCUACAGUUAUGCAUUAUAUGAUGAAAGUGAAGAAGACUUAAGCUAUCAACAUCCUAGCGAAGACAGCCCCACCCGUUCACACACCACAAGUACAUCAGCCACGCCCCUGCACGAAAACAGCCCAUCCACAUCCUCCGCCCGCCCUAAAGGUGCGGCCCAUCAUUCUCCCACAAAGAAGACCACCAGAGUCACAAACCCCAAGACGCCGUCCCCAGCCAAGCCAGCGAGGGCUUCAAAUCUAAGGAUGCCGUCUCACGAAGCAAUGCAAUCAACAUCGAGCCAGUCGUCUGAGCGAUCCUCUGCCGCCUCGCUCUUACAGGGGGAUGGGGCGCCCUCACUGUCGACGCCGGACCAGGGUAACGAGAUGAAAGUGAUGAGCGUGGGCCAUGUUAGCACCAAUGCUAUACAGAGCCUUCAGUCACCUGGUGACGGAGAAGAACUGUUUGGCGCUGACUGAAUCAGAUAGAUUCAUGAGUGAAUGUAUUCAUGACUUGUUAAUUUGCUUGCUACGGUAGAUCAGUUUCCAAAAAAUGAGAGUUAAACUAUAACAUUUUGUGUGUCACGGCCGAGCACUCGAGCGCACUGGACGCAAGCUCUGACUACAGUAGCAGAGAUUGGGUUUUGGUUCAGGUCUUGUCACUUAUGUCCUAAAGCCGUUGGUUCAAUAUGUAAUGCACCUAAAAGAACCCAGUUUACUUAUCGUUGAGAGAAGGGGUUUCUGGUAUAGUUUGCUGCAAAUUGCUCCAAGCAGUACUUUAUAAGCUGUGACAUGGUGCUAUGUAUGAUGUUAAUAAAUGGAUCUUGUACUUUAAACACAGCUCAGCAUACCUUGAAGACAAAAAAAAAAGUUCUUUGAGAUGCCCUCGGGUGUGAUAGCACUACAUGUACAUAAGGACUGCGUAUCAUUAUUUUUCCAAUGUCAGAAUGGAAAUUCUGUUAUUUCUGAUUAUUAUUUGAAACAAUUUGGGUUGCAAAUAAUAUAAAUAUUCUCAAACAGUGAUACAACUCAAGUAAGUCACUCUUUCAGAAAUGAACAAUAAUUUUUUAUCAUUGCUGUUUUUUCAUUUGCCAAAAUUCUAGUUAACUCUCAUUUCUUUGUAUGAAGAUAUCUCAAUUACCUUGAGCCGUUCAACUGAAAAUGUACAAGUGGAGACCCAGUCUCAACAGACGACUACAUGACUCUCUUUGCUGGUAACCUGUUGUUACUUGCCGAGACUUUUCUAUGCUUAUCAGAUGUAGUGCUUAAUUGUUGUCUGGGCCCAAUUUCAUAUAGCUGCUUAAGCUAAACAAGUACAGUUUGAACAUGUAUGUAGCUAAGCAUAAGAAAAUUAUGUUUGCUAGAAUACGGUUACCUAGAGUAUAGUUUGUGACUGGUAUCCUGCUCAUUGUUGCUGUUGUUUUUGGUUUUGUUUUAAGGGGGAGGGGCAUAGGAGGGGGGAAGAGCACUGCCUAAAGCAGAGUUAUUGUUCUGAAAUGCUUUAUGAAAAAGGGGGCAGAGAGGUUUAUUUGCGCAACACUGUACCCGGAUAAAAGUACAAAUUUAUUAUACUGGGUAAAAAAAGUUUCUUUUCGCUUUAUCUGUCCAAUUUUUCUUACUGUGCCAAAUUUGAGUCAACUGUUUUGCCUGAAUUUGGGAUUGCAGUUAUCGGCCCCCUUGGUCUUACACUACAUGUAUGCUACAUGUAAAGCUGCUGAAAUGUAUAAUAUAAUUGUUUUGUUAACUUUUCAACUCGCAGAGUUACUCAAAAACUUGGUGCAAUAUUAAUGUGCUUUUGGUUUGUUUAUUAUGUACAUAACUAGGGUAAGGAUAAGUAGUGUUGAAUAGUUGUAGUCGUUGCAUGACUGAAGUAAUAUCGUUAACUAUUGGUGAAUGAGCCAUGUAGUUUUCUGUGGAGAAAAUCGAUCUUAACACUUUUAAGGAAUCUUUAUUAGUUGAUGAUGGGAGACAUCUGUUGUCUAAUCACAGGCCAGGCCUCGAUUUCACAAACACUUAGAUUCAUCUGGAAGAUAAGUUGUCAUUAUAAUACUAUAAUGAUUUGUAUCGUUAAUACAUCACACUUUGCUCAGCUGUUUUGAUUGAUUUGCAGAUAAAAGCUCAAUCUUAGCUCUUUGUGAAAUCGCGCCCAGGAUUCUUUAUGGUGAUAAACAGGACCUCUUCUAUGUCUAUUGUCUUGGUCUAUUGUCUUGAUCUAUUGUCUUGGUCUAUUGUCUUGGUAUAUUGUCUUGGUCUA